AAAGAAGAUUGAAUGACAUUAAAGUCUGUCAAAAUUGUUGAUGCAUACACUUUUUAUAAUACAAAAGUACAAAUUUCUUAGGAAAUUUUAAAUAAAUAUAUAAAAUUAAUUAUUUUAAAAAGCAAGAAAUUUAAUAUGAGCACUAGCGGUGAUUCUCAACCUUAUUUGACCGAUUUUAUGAUGCGAGACGAUGAGGAUGGUGUGUCAGGCGAUGAUGAAUCGGAUAAUAAGCAUAGCGGCGGUAAUUAUAUGCUACGUGAACAGGAUCGUUUCCUACCAAUUUGCAAUAUAAUUAAAAUUAUGAAGGUGCCGGUACCGGAAAAUGGUAAAAUUGCUAAAGACGCACGCGAGUGCAUACAGGAAUGUGUUUCCGAAUUUAUAUCCUUUAUCACUUCGGAAGCCAUUGAGCGUAGUAUAGCAGAGAAUAGAAAAACCGUGAACGGCGAUGAUCUAUUGUAUGCGUUUGCCAAUUUGGGUUUUGAUAAUUACGUUGAGCCCCUAUCCAUGUACCUACACAAAUUUCGUGAGUCAACCAAAUCGGAUCGUAAUUUAUAUAAUGAGACAAAUAUGCUGCAAGAUGAUUCUUCAACCGAAUUUCCAACAAAUACGGACCACAGUAAUACUAACAACAUAACAACAAAAGCAAUGCCAACGCUAACAACAGCAACAACAAACGCUAACAAUCAUACCACUACAGCCAUGGCCAGCACAAUUAACACCUAUUCGGAUGUGAAAUUGUUUGAGAUAAUCGAAGCAAAUCAGCAACAACACCAGCGUCAACAAAAUGGCAUGCAUGGCAUUACAAUAACACCAACAAUAUCGACAUCAGCUGUGCCACUUAAUUUACUAAGCACCGCUUGCAAUCAAACCAGCAACCUAACAACAGUUGCUACAACACCCAACACAGCAACAACAUUAGGCUCUGUGCGUCGUUCAGCGCGUCUACAAACGCGUCCUACUCCAUUGCCGAUCGUCACAACAGUGGCGGAUGAAACACCUAGCGCUCUAAUGAAUGCAGAUCAAAUGAUAUUCUUUGAUGCUGACGAAUUGCAACAACAUGUUUUGCAGCAACAACAACAGCAGCAACAGCUUAAUGACAAUAAUUAUAUGCAUAUGUAAAGCAUAAUUAAGCAACGAUUUAACGAAUUUAUUGCCGUCAGUUCGUUGUGUGUGUGUGUAAUUGGUAGAAGCUAAAGUGAUGAAUUAAUAACAUUUAAUAAAUAAAAACUUGAAUAACGGUAUAAUUAAUGAAAGUGAAAUUCAGUUAUAAUUUUUUAAGUAAAAAUUAAUUUCAAAAUUGUGUGUUAUAUUCAUUUUGCUAUAGCUAUGAUUUUUACAAUUUUCUAGGUUAUGGUUGCGCGUGAAAUUAUGUGAUGUGAAGAAUUAAUUAAAAAAUAUUUUGUAAGCAGCGAUUUUUUAUAAAAAGAAAAUUUUGUAAUUUUAGUUGUAUUCAUAAUGAAUAAAAAAUAUACAUACAUACAUAU